AUGGAGGUUAAGAAAGACCCUUCGUACUGUGUUGAUGAUGACAAUGUAUCAUCUGCAGAGGGACAACUUGAUGUUGCCAGCGCUGCAUAUCGUCGAAUGCCAGAAUUUCUUCGGGGACUAGGCGAGGAUGAGAUUGCCCAGCUCCAGAAGAAGCUUGUUCGCAAAAUCGAUCUCCUCGUUCUUCCUACAAUCGGUAUUCUCUAUAUUCUCAACUACAUCGACCGACAAAAUCUCGCCUCUGCAAAGCUCCAGGGAAUCACCGAUGACCUGAACAUGACAACCAAACAGUUUGCUACGGCCGUUAGCAUUCUGUUCGUGGGCUACCUGCCAUUCCAGAUCCCCAGCAACCUGCUCAUCACGAAGAUCUCUCGCCCUGGAAUGUACAUUUGUGCUGCUGUAGCAAUCUGGGGUUGUAUCUCUGCUGCGACGGCUGCUGUCCAGAGCUACGGGCAACUUCUCGCGGUCCGAGCCAUUCUUGGAGCAGCUGAAGCUGUCUUCUUCCCCGGUGCUAUCUAUUACCUGUCCGCCUGGUACACGAAGGUGGAACUUGGAAAGCGCAUUGCUGGGCUAUAUAUUGCACAGCAGGUGGGCAAUGCCUUCGGCGGUCUCUUCGCUGCUGCUAUCUUGCAGCUCGACGGUGUCCACGGUAUCCGCGGUUGGCGAUGGCUUUUUAUCAUUGAAGGUAGCGCCACUGUUGGAAUCGGUGUCGUUUGUGCUUGUAUUAUGCCAGAGUUCCCACAUAACAGUCGCAUUCUCUCUGCAGAACAGCGUGCUCUUGCUGUAUGGCGUAUUGAAUCCGAAGCCGGAGCAGCGGAGGGCACUGAGAACGAAAGUGUGCUUCGGGGCUUUGCCAAAGCCUUGUCCGACCCGAAGCUGAUUCUCCUAAUUCUCUGCAACAUGCUCUCCCAAGUCCAGGGCUCUAUCGCCAAUUAUUUCCCUACCUUGGUUGCCUCUUUGAACUUCUCCCACACCAUCAGCUUGCUCUUGACCGCACCGCCAUACGUCCUCGCUGGUGCCGUAUACUAUGUGAUCAUGUUCUAUUCUGAUCGUAAGAACACCGUCUACCCGAUCAUUCUGGUGUGUAUCUUGAUAUCAGUGGUGAUGUACAUUAUCCUGAUGACUACACUGAACGUGGGCGCCCGCUAUUUCUCGAUGGUCAUUCUGCCUUUCGCCUCAGUGGGGCCUCAGCUCCUCCUUUACAAGACCAUCAAUCUUCAUCUUGCGCGCCCGAUCUCCAAACGUGCGGCUGCCUCUGCCCUGGUUAAUGCUAUUGGAGGUACGUCGAACAUCUGGGCCUCGUAUCUGUACUACUCGUCGCCACACUUCUAUGCGGCAUUUGGAGCUCUGAUGGCCGCUGCGCUUUUGCUGGGUGUGGCCAUCAACGCUUAUCGCUGGUUGGUUUUGCGCGAGAACAAGCGUCUGGACUCUGGUGAUCCUGAUGAGAUUGCAAAGGCUAUCAAGGGUGGUGUUACUGAAGAGAUGGUGCAAUUGGGCUGGCGCUAUGAAAUGUACUAA